UUUCCAUUUAUCCAUUUACCUAGUCUGGUUCAAUUGGGUUACGCUGUAGUCUGUGAAAGCGCUUUAACAGACAGCUCAUUCAAGGGUGCCCACAUAAGCACUAGCAGCUUUGACGAUGGGGAAGUCAAAGGGAAAGAAGAAGAAGUCAGAGUUCGAUGACUUUUUCGCCAAAAAAGAAGAAGGGGAUGGCGCCUGGGUGUCUGGAGUAUCGGCGAUGGCGAUGGACGACGACGGUGCUGCGGCACGCCCUGCGCAAGGGGAAGCCGCAGACAUGGAGGUUGGCGACGCUCCAUCCGGCCCGCAGGCCGCCAAGGGGAGCAAGCUGGGAGUCCAGCGAGCCUCCAUGAAAGUAGUACGGGGGCAACGGACCAAGGCGCAGAAAAUUCGGAAGCUAAAGAAGGUUGAGAAGGCCGAGGCGCGUGCCGCGAAGACCGUAGUGCGCGUGGGCGUUAUGACGGCGCACAAGCAGAAGAAGAGCACCCUUAAGAACAUUUACUAAUGCUGCCUGCCGUUCAUGGGCAGCAGUGCAGCGUUAGCUCUCUCAUGCCGACACGUUGAACUUUCCUGGUGGUUUGCUGCCGUGCUUGUGAUUGUACUAUUGGUGGCCGAUUCUUUGGCUCUAGCCGCGAAGGUUAGGCGCCAGGGUCUGGCCUUCUAGACCGCAUGUUAGGAGUUUGAUACUGCGGGUGUAGGCGGGUACUGCGUGUCCUUUGCUACUGCUGGAUACUUAAAGAGUGUUAACCACCGGGUGUAGUCUUUGGCGGGGUAAGGAUGCCGAUGGUUCCCGCUAAGGUGCGGGUUAGGAUUUGAUGAAAUGGAUUCCGGCUAACUCACGGCUUUGCUGAGGGGCGAGGGGCACGACAGUGGGGGCAGUUUCGGAUACUGGGAGACUGUUAAGGCCGAUGGUUAUUCCGUUCGUGUUCAAGUCAAUCGGGUAUGGAACAAUGGAAGACGCCUCUCUGCUGAGAAGGCGCAAGUGUAGUACAAUGGACGAGCAUGAGCGCAACCUGCACAAUUUCCAAGCGUUCUCCUAGCGUGAAGGUGGUAUCAUAAAAAGGCUAUCGAGGAACGUGAUAAUACAUCUUAUUGCACUGUGAGAGCACGUCUGGGAUGAACAUUAGACCUCUAAGUUUCACUGGCAGAGGCGUGGGCCGUCACGGCCGUUAGGGCCGUCACGGCUCAAUGUACAUAAGUUAGCUUUUGUCAGAAGUACUAUCGCCGCUUGUACCACGUUUGUGCGAAAAUGAGCGACCUACUCAGGACGUGGCUCACCGAGGAGCUCGGGUUGCCGAUUUCUGACAACCUAGAGCGGGACUUCGCAUCGGGGUAUCUGUUUGGUCAGCUGUUCAGUAAGUAUAACCUACAGCCGGACGCGGAACACUUCGAUGCGAAAAGGAUGCCGGACUCUAUGAUAAACAAUUACACUCGGCUUCAGCCCACCUUCAAUAAGCUUGGUGUCCAAUUGGAUACGCGGGUGGCUAAUAUGCUUAUCCGCGAGGAGCUUGGUGUUGCACCGCGUCUCCUUUACUCCAUCAAGCAGAACCUUGCUAGCAUCCAGAAGACCCUGACGAAGUUCCAGCACACAGGGAACCUUGGCAGGACGAUGGGUGCGACUGUGAGCCCCUCCCGGGGACUUUUGGAGGCACAGAAGCACAACACAAACAAGGAGAAGUACGAAUCAAGCGCACACAGGCACUUCGAGGACAUGCUGCGUAUCCAGGCGGCCAACCCCAAUGUGGUCAUGGAAAGCAUGCACCUGUCUAAGUUCACCGAUGAGGGCCUGCGCCAGCAGCGAGAGGCGCUUGCCACCCUGUUGCGGGAGCGUGCGCAGCACGUAGCGCAGCGUGACACCUUCCGCGCCGGCCAAAUGGAUAGGAUGCACAGCGGUCGCAGCGAUAAGGCGCAAAAGCUGGCGCGGGACGAUGCCAUACACGCUGCACUGCUGAAACGGAAGGAGGAGAUGGAGCGCGAGGAGUUGCGGGUGGAGCUGGCGCUGAGUGAGAAGGCGCGCAGGAAGAAGCUGGAGGAGCUGCACCACGCGGCCCUGGACGUGCAGGGAGGCAUUGAUGCCUUUGAAAUCAACAUGAAGAGGCUCGUGAGAGGCGACACUGGGGAGGGCGAGGAGGUGCUUGCGCCGCCUGCCGGCAAGACGCCCCUGGAGCACAUGGAGCAGAUGAAGAGCCGGGCGGCCGCCACCGCCAAGCUGCUGGAGGACACGGCGGCGUACAUGCGCGGUGUGAAGGACGCGCGGGCGGACGACAUCGCCUCCAAGCGGGAGCGCGAGGCGCGGCGGCGCAAGAUGGUUGUGGAGCAGCAGGCGGCGGCCGCGAAUGCGGAGCGGAAGGCGCAGAUGGAGGCGCUUGUGACGGCACUGCAGCGGCAGAGCUAUGAGGAGCAGCGGCUAGCAGCACGGCUGUGGCAGGUGAGCCAAGAAAAGGAGGUCAUGCGGGAGAACCGGCUGCUCCGAGAGCGGCAGUACGCGGAGCGGCGGGAGAAGGACUGGGAGGAGACUCUGCGGCGCGAGGUGGAGCUGCACAGGUCCAUGCGGGAAGCCUACGAGGCGGAAGCCGCCCUGGAGAUGGAAGCCUGGCGCGCGGCUCAGCAGGCCCGAGCCGAGGCCAAGGCUGCUAAGCACGCCGCCUUUGCCCGCGACAUCGCCUACCAGCUGGUGGGGCUGGCGGAGCGAGCUGCCGAGUACCGCAGCUCCACAGGCAACCUGGUGCCGCGCCGCGAGUGGCGCCAGUGGCUGACCAUGUUUGUGACCGCCGACCCGGCUCUGGCGCCGCCAGCACCGCUGCAGGGCGCCGCGGCGGCAGCGGAGGCGGAGAACCGGGAGGCGAGCCUGCGGCUGGGGCGGGCGCUGGUGGGCGACUACCUGGCCUGUGCUGGGGACUGGGUGCGGACGGAGGGGCCCAUCGGCCACGACGAGCUGCUUGGCCAGGUUGUGGGCGACCUCGCUAUCAUCUCCAGGGAGCCCCCGCCGCAGCCCGAGCUGCCCGCCGUCGAGAACCUGCCGCUCCGCAUCGCAGUGGUGGGUGCGCCCUUCUCCGGCAAGACCUCGGUGGCGCAGGAGCUGGCGCGCAAGUACCGUCUGCACCUGCUGGAUCCCGAGGCGCUGGUGGCGGAGGCCAUGGCGGCGGCGCAGGAGUACGAGGCAGCCGCAGGGAUGUCAGCGGCGAACGCGCCCAUGACGCUUCCGCCUGCUGCGGCUAAGGCCCCAUCGCUGGCCCCUCCCGCGUCCGGCGACGGCACUGGUGACGGCGGCGCUGAGGGUGAGGGCGCCGCAACCCCGGCGCUGCCGUCCGUGAAGGCCCGGCUGGGGGCGCAGAUUGCAGCGGCGCUGCAGGCCGGCGGGGAGGUGCCGGACUCGGCAAUGGUGGGGCUGGUGGUGCAGGGGAUGAAAGAUGCCAAGGAGUACACCCCGCCGGUGAUAGUGGACCCCAAGGCCAAGCCCAAAGCCCCCGCCAAGCCCGGCACCGCUGCGGCCGCUGCCAAGGGGGCACCGCCACCUGCUCCUGCUGGCAAUGAGUGCCGGGGCUUUGUGGUGGACGGCUUCCCGCGCACCGCCGCGCAGGCCAUGCUGCUGGAGCGCAUGCUGACGGGUCUGGACCUGGACGCCGAGCAGCAGCUCAUCGACUCGGCUAGCACCAUUGCGCCGCCGCCACCCAACGCACUGCCGCAAGUGGGGCGGCCGCUGGUGUCGGGGAUGGACGCGGUUGUGGUGUGCAGCCUGACGGACCCCGAGGUGGCGCUCAAGCGCGCCCUGGGUCGCCGUCUCGACCCCACCACCGGCCGUGUGUACCAUCUGGAGUUCGACCCGCCUCCUGCCAAUGACCCUGGCCUGUCCGCCCGGCUGCGGGAGGUUGCGGACGCAUCCAAUGAUGCACAACAGAUCCAGCACCGGCUAGCAGCGCAUUCGGAGCUUGCUAGCGCACUGGAUGACUGGCUGCGCCGCUUCAGCCGGCUACGGCGGCCAGUGGAGGGCUCCGGGCCGCUCAAUGAGGUGCUGGGCUCCGCGAGCGACAUUGCUGAUGGGCUGCUGCGCGCCAAGACAGCCGCCGCUAGUUGCCGGUCGGCUGCGGAGGCGGCGCAUAAGGCCCGCACGUCGGCGGAGCAGGCGCAGGAGUUUGCUGAGCUGGCACAGAGCGCUGCUGAGUCAGCCGCGCGGGAGCUGCUGACCGCCAAGAAGGCGGAGAUCCAGGCAGCGGCUCUGCUGUCGAGCGGCAAGAACCCCGACCCCGCAGCAGCAGAGGUGCUCAAGGCGCAGGCGGCGGCCAAAUGCGCGGAGCAGCUUAAAGUGGCACGCGGCGCUGUGUCAGAUGCCAACUCGCAUGCCGAGCGGGCUGCCACGUCUGCCGCCGCGGCGGCGGAGGCCGUGGACCGCGCGCACAAGUCGUUGGGCGACGCUGAGGUGUCCGCGCAUGCGGAGACAGAGGCGGCUGCCGCGGCAACGGAGGCGGAAAAGGCGGCUCGGGGUGCACAGGAGGCUGCUAACAAGGCGGUGGCAGCGAAGGAAGCGGCAGCACUUGCGGCGUCGGAGGCUGAGCGCUUGGCCACCGCAACCGAGGUGCCUACCGAAGCAGCAAUUACCUUCACUCGACAGCAGACCAUGUCAGCGGCUCCCGAGUCCCCUGCGCUUAUCUCCACCGGUGAUGCCGCCGCUGCCGCAACCGCGGCGGAUGGCGAUGCGGCUGAAGGCGACGCCCCGCUGGCUCCGCAGCCGCCCUCCUUGCCUCGCGAGCUUGCGGCCACCCUGCUCACUGAGUGGCAGACGCUGGAGAGCGGCUACCUGGAGGGGCUGUCGCUGGGCUUUGCCAGCCUGGCGGACCAGCAUGCGGCGGCGCAGCGCCACUUUGAGGCGCUGCGGCAGAGCUUCCGCGAGCUGUUGCAGCGGCCCGACGAGAAGCCCGCUCUGGUGGCGCGCUUCCUCACCGCCUUCAACGCGGUGGAGGCGGACAUGCGCGGCUCCAAGGAGUCCCGCGGCGAGCUGCUGCUGCGCUGCGAGGAGCUGCGGGACCAGCUGUGGGCGCUGUGCGACCGCAAGAUGGAGGAGGCGGAGGCGCAGCGUGCAGCCAUCGCUGCCGACUCCUUUGUGGCAGACCACUGUGCCACACUGGGGCAGCAGUUUGUGGCGCUGGCGCAGGUGGAGGGUGACCGCUUCGCUGCAUCGCUGAACUUCCUGCGCAGCCACACGCACUCCAAGUGGGCACCGCUCUUUGCACCGCGUGAGCCGCCGCCGCUGCCCGAUGUCUCCGCGCCAGACCUCCUCUACGGCGGAGUGCCGGCGGAGCUGAAGGACAAGAUCGACCCCAAGUCCAAGGCCUACGUGCAGAUGCCGCCGUGGGUUGCGCAGCUUGAGCAGCGUGCGCCGCCGCUGGCGCUGGCCUGCAAGCUGCUGCUGGCCCUGGCGCGUACCGUGCAGACAGGUUGGGAGCCGGUACCGGAGGACCCGAAGAAGGCGAAGCGCGAGGCCACGACCUCCUCCAAGACGGCCAAGGGGAAAGGCAAAGGUGGGGAGGAGGAAGCCGAGGGCCCGACUGACCCGCGGGUCGUUGAGGCAAUGACGCAGGAGCUGCUGGGCGGGUGCGGGCGCGAGGUAGCCAUCCUGGAGUCGCGACUGGCGCUGCUCGCGGAGCGCUGCCUGGGUCAGAUGGACGAGAUCUACGCGCUGGCGACCGGUACCACCGCCAAGCUGGGUGACUGGGUGCGCGCGCGCUACCGAGCGGAGUGCGCAGCGGUGGCGGCGCUGGAUAAGGUGUCCAAGGCUGCCGCCGCUGCGGGCCAGCAGCUGCCGCACGACCUGCAGCUGCAGGACGAGUACCUGCUGCUGGACGAGGGCGCGCUGCUGGUGGACCCGGCGCCCUCGCUGCCGCGACCCGAGCCGCGCGAAGGGCAGCCGCCCGGCGGGCUGCUGUCCACCAAGCAGCUGGGGGCGCUCACGGCGGCCUUCCUAUCCGCAGCGCCCGGCGGCUUCAUGCGGCUGCAGGACGCGGCGGACAUGCUGUGCCGUCUGGCGGCAGAGGGCUCGCUGCCGGAUCCCUGGCGCAUGGCCAGCGUGAACAACAUGUUGAACGCGCUGCGGCUGUACGACCCGCUGUUCAGCACCUACCUGGACUGGCGGGAGCUGGUGGUGCACCUGGUUGUGGCGGCCUUCCCGCUCAUCGCGCGGGCGGACUGCGCGGACAUGGCGGACCAGAUCGAUAUCUGCGCCGAGGUGGACAAGGACGGCGACGGGCUGCUCAGCCAGGACGAGUGGUCCACGGCGGAGCUCUGGUUCCAGUACCGCGCAGCGCAGCCGGGCGCCCGCUCUGGACUACCGGAGCGCGACGGCCCCGCCUCGGAGAGCCGGCGGGAGCGCAGCGAGCUGGAGGGACACGGCCACACGCCGGGGGACGGCGAGAGCUGGCCGGAUCCCUCUGCCAUGCAGCUCCCCAGCACACCGCCAGUGGACGACGGGCAAUACGACAGUCCGGGGGCACUCAAGCAGGUGCUCUGGGCGCUCUUCUCGACAGCCUCCGACGGCGCCCCUCGCCUCGACUACCGCGCCUGCCUGCUCUACCUCUGCGCCGACCGCGACGCCUUCGCGGGCAUCAAGAAGGCCUUCAGCGUCGUCACCGCCGACAUCUCCUCCAACGCCCGAGCCGACGCAGACCAGGUGUUCCAGAUCGCCUAUCCUCUGGGCGACGAGGCGGGAGCCGACCUGAACCGCUCACCGUUCAGCUACGACGAUGUGGCUGCCGUGGUCAAGGCGGUAUGGGAGAGCCGCUCCGCGCCGCCGCCGCCACCGCCGCCAGCGGCUGGUCGCGGCUCGGCACCGUUUGGGGCCCGCGGUGCGGGUCUGGCGGCGCUCAGUGCUAGCACCGCCGAUCCGACCGUGACGGCCGAACAGCUGAUGUACAGUGCGGCUGGGGAGCGGUUUGUGAAGCGAAUGCUGGAUCGCUACGCCUGGAAGGAUGCGUUUGUGGCCACACGGCUAUAGGACAUGUGCAGUGUGAGGCUUUGCUGAAGCAAGCAGGGCUUAUUGUCUUGCUUUGCUAGCACGGUGUAGCAUUUGACGUAGUUGUGUUUGGACUGCCAUUUCAUUGGGAGCUUUAUUCCUCAAUGCAGCAAGUAAGUGUGGCUGCUGACGAUAAGCCUACAGAUGGAUACUAACCAUCACCCGUGGCGCUCACAUAAGGCAUGUUCACAUUAACGGACACGCCAUGUAUUGGGGUUUCCCCUGUGGGUUGGGAAAUGGUGGACAUAGAGCUUGGUGACCUUGCAUGGACCGAGUAUACCUGCAAGAGAGUUCCGUUGAGGAGGAGCGCUCUUCUUACCGUUGGGGUCUCCUCAUUCUGGGUGCUGUCAUGGCAAUGCAGCGCCUACAGUUCCGGCAACGUCUCAAGGACAUCGUGGCACAUGUGGUUGUAUAGCCGCUGUUUGGGUUAGGGCUUGCGGCUGCGACGUAAGGUCGUAACUCUGACACAACGUUAGUACAUGUGCAGGAUGCGAUUCCCAUCAGCUGAUGAAGUUUGCAUUGGGGCAGGGACAUUUGCUAUUAGGAUUUAGCCGGCGUUUGCGCACUACGUGGGGGUGCUGAGACACCAGCAUGCAGGACGGUCACUGCGGCUCCUAACGGUGCUGUAACGUUGGCUUGGUAGAUCAGGAUAACGGUUUGAGGCUGUUUGGGCUGCCUCCAUGCUUUACAUGCCGGUACGAUCCGGACGAAACUUAGCCCACAUCCAUCCACAUGUGUGUUCGUGUCUCUUUGACCGUUCAGUAGCGUAGCGCCCGUGUCUUGCCACAGGUAUAAAUAAUCCUUGCAAGGUAACAUUACUAAACACACAAAGCCAUACAUCUUAA